UUACAGGUAACUGGAAUAACGUUCAGUCAAUGUCGGCGGUCGAGGUACCAUUCCCGGUAGAAUCCCGCAAUUUCUUGGGAGAACAACUUGUUGCGGGCAGAUGCAAUUCAACGGAGAAUGGAAGCCCUUCGCUAGACGACGAGGGACCGACCGCAGAACCAAUGUUGGACGAUAUACUACAUUUCUUGACAGUGCGACUGAAUACUACUUCCGUGAUCCGUUACUACAGUAAGCUGGGUUUCCGCACGUAUGAGGGUACUUGGACCGGCUUACUUGGCGCCCUGAUGGAUGACUCUGUAGAUUUCGCACUCGAACCCGUUACAGUUCACGCGACGCGCCGACAAGACAUGGAUUUUAUUUUCCCAAUAGCAGAAACAAUAUGCAAUAAUAAUGGCUUUCUAUCAACUGUCACUUGUAUGUAUAAAACUUCUUUGUGUUUUAGGUGCAACAUAUAUAUUCGACAGCAAGAGACGUCAACGGUCCGUGACAUAUUCCUGGCUCCGUUCAGCGCUCGGCUCGUAGCCUGCGUCAUGGCAGUCGCACUCCUCGCCGCGAUCUCCGUCUUCGUCAUCAGCAGAAUGACCACGACUCGUUGUGUGAAAGUUGUGGAAUUUAAAAAAAAAACCUAUUUUACUCUGUUACAAGGCGGUACGUGGACUCCUUCGAAUCCUGCCGCGAGUGUGGUGCUGAUAGUCUGCCUGUUCUUCGCUGUGGUCACUUACAAUGCAUAUGCUGCCUUCAUCACGUCAGUUCUAUCAGUCCGAGUGGCCAGUGUUGACACCAUUGCAGCAGUUCUCCACUCUCCCAACUUUAAAAUCGGAUACAUAAGAAAUGGCGCUGAUCAAAUGUACCUCAUGGUAAUGUUAACCUUUUCAUCAAUAUUCAAAACUGAUUUUAAUGCUAAUGACAUUUCUACAAAAGUUGUAUCAACAAAAGAUGUUCAGCUAAAUGCAUUCUACAUUCGAGGAUAUUCCGACGCUGAUAAUUUGGUGACGUCAGCGGAGGAGGGGCUGGCUCGAGCUGCAAGGCAGGACUACGCCUUUUUUGCCGGACAAAGGGUAGCACGUUCUACUCUUAGGUAAAUAGGAACUCCUUUUUAACUUUCCACUACCAGGGUUUGAAGACUGAAACUAUGAAAGGACCACGUAAACAUGAAAUGACUCAUGAAAAAAUAUGAGUCUUUCAACGAGCUCUAACAGGAAAAAAAGCGCUUGUACCUUUUAAUGAUUCCGAUGA